UGAAAAGCGUGGAGCGGUUUUAGGGCGCCGGACGAAAACACUUCUUCUCUGUGGCUGCCGGUGCUGCGGCCGCUUAGGGACCCAAGACUCAGAUCAGCUGAGGCCGCCGGAGGGACUCAGUGCGUGCGCGCGGCUUCGGCGCUCCGGUGCUGCUCCUGCGUCCUGUCCGGUCCUGCCCUAAGAACCCACCCGUCCGCCGGGGACUGCCACCGCUCUGCCAUGGCCCCCCGACAGCGUGCCAGCCCAGGGGUCGCCUGCUGCUGCUGGCUCCUCACUGCUAUUCUAGGCUUCUGUGUAUCAUUCAAUGUUGAUGUGAAAAAUGCCAUGACUUUCAGUGGGCCAGUGGAAGACAUGUUUGGAUAUACUGUUCAACAAUAUGAGAAUGAAGAAGGCAAAUGGGUGCUUAUUGGUUCUCCUUUAGUUGGACAACCCCAAAACAGGACAGGAGAUGUCUACAAGUGUCCAGUUGGCAGAGGGGAAUCACUACCUUGCAUUAAAUUGGAUCUGCCAGUUAAUACGUCAAUUGCCAAUGUCACAGAAGUCAAGGAGAACAUGACAUUUGGAUCAACUUUAGUCACCAACCCAAACGGAGGGUUUCUGGCGUGUGGGCCUUUAUAUGCCUAUAGAUGUGGACAUGUGCAUUACACAACAGGAAUCUGCUCCGACGUCAGCCCCACGUUUCAAGUCAUCAACUCUUUCGCCCCUGUUCAAGAAUGCGGCACUCAGCUGGACAUAGUCAUAGUACUGGAUGGUUCCAACAGUAUUUAUCCCUGGGAAAGCGUUACGCAUUUCUUAAAUGACCUGAUUGAAAGGAUGGAUAUUGGUCCUAAACAGACACAGGUGGGAAUUGUGCAGUAUGGAGAAGAUGUAACCCAUGAAUUCAACCUCAACAAGUAUUCAUCAACGGAAGAUGUCCUUGUUGCAGCAAAGAAAAUAGUCCAGAGAGGUGGCCGCCAGACAAUGACAGCCCUUGGAAUAGACACAGCAAGGAAGGAGGCUUUCACUGAGGCCCGGGGUGCCCGAAGGGGAGUUAAGAAAGUCAUGGUUAUUGUCACUGAUGGAGAAUCCCAUGACAACCAUCGACUGAAUAAGGUCAUCCAGGACUGUGAAGAUGAAAACAUCCAGAGAUUUUCUAUAGCUAUUCUUGGCAGCUAUAAUCGAGGAAAUUUAAGUACUGAAAAAUUUGUGGAAGAAAUAAAAUCCAUUGCAAGUGAACCAACUGAAAAUCAUUUCUUCAACGUCUCCGAUGAAUUGGCCCUUGUCACUAUCGUGAAAGCUCUGGGAGAAAGAAUAUUUGCCCUGGAAGCUACAGCUGACCAGUCAGCAGCCUCAUUUGAAAUGGAAAUGUCUCAGACUGGCUUCAGUGCUCAUUAUUCACAGGACUGGAUCAUGCUUGGAGCAGUAGGAGCCUAUGAUUGGAAUGGAACAGUCGUCAUGCAGAAAGCUAAUCAAAUGAUAAUCCCUCAAAAUACGACCUUCAAUGUCAAGUCUACUGAAAAGAACGAACCUCUUGCUUCUUAUUUGGGUUACACGGUGAACUCCGCCACUGUCCCCGGAGACGUGCUGUACAUCGCCGGACAGCCCCGGUACAAUCACACGGGCCAGGUGGUCAUCUACAGGAUGGAAGGUGAUGGCAUCAAGGUUCUCCAGACACUCAGUGGAGAACAGAUUGGUUCCUACUUUGGCAGUGUUCUAACAACAAUUGACAUCGACAAAGAUUCCUACACUGACCUGCUUCUGGUCGGCGCUCCCACAUACAUGGGGACAGAGAAGGAAGAACAAGGAAAAGUGUAUGUGUAUGCUGUCAACCAGACAAGGUUUGAAUAUCAAAUGAGCCUGGAGCCUAUCAAGCAGACUUGCUGUUCAUCUCUGAAGCACAAGUCAUGCACAAAAGCAAACAAACAUGAGCCAUGCGGGGCUCGUUUUGGAACCGCUAUUGCUGCCGUAAGAGACCUCAACCUCGACGGGUAUAACGACAUCCUGAUCGGAGCUCCGCUGGAAGAUGACCACGGGGGCGCCGUGUACAUCUAUCACGGCAGCGGGCAGACCAUCAGGAAAGAGUACGCACAACGUAUUGCAUCAGGUGGAGAUGGCGAGACGCUCAAGUUUUUUGGGCAGUCUAUCCACGGAGAAAUGGAUCUGAAUGGCGAUGGGUUGACUGAUGUGACUAUCGGCGGCCUUGGUGGUGCUGCCCUCUUCUGGUCCCGAGAUGUGGCUGUAGUUAAAGUGACCAUGAAUUUUGAACCCAAUAAAGUGAACAUUCAAAAGAAAAACUGUCGCGUAGAGGGAAAAGAGACGGUCUGCAUAAACGCCACGGUGUGUUUCGGCGUGAAGCUGAAGUCUAAAGAAGACACGGUUUACGAAGCCGAUAUGCAGUACCGUGUCACCCUGGAUUCACUAAGACAGAUAUCACGAAGUUUUUUCUCUGGAACUCAAGAAAGAAAGGUCCAAAGAAACAUCACAGUCCGAGAAUCCAAGUGCACGAAGCACUCCUUCUACAUGUUGGACAAACAUGACUUCCAGGACUCGGUGAGAAUAACCCUGGAUUUUAAUCUCACUGAUCCAGAAAAUGGGCCCGUUCUCGAUGAUGCUCUACCGAACUCAGUACACGAACAUAUUCCUUUUGCUAAAGACUGUGGAAACAAGGAAAAGUGCAUCACAGACCUCACCCUGGAUGUGUCCACCACAGAGAAAGGCCUGCUCGUUGUCAGAUCCCACAAUGACAAGCUGAACGUGAGCCUCACAGUCAGAAACAAAAGGGACAGUGCCUAUAACACCAGAACCAUAGUGAAUUACUCUCCAAACCUCAUUUUUUCGGGAAUUGAGGGCAUCCAAAAAGACAGUUGUGAAUCCAAUCGUAACCUCACAUGUAAAGUUGGUUACCCUUUUCUAAGAAAAGGAGAAAUGGUAACUUUUAAAAUAUUAUUUCAGUUUAACACAUCUCAUCUCAUGGAAAAUGUGAUCAUUCAUUUAAGUACAACAAGUGACAGUGAAGAACCUCCCGAAACCCUUUUGGAUAAUGAAGCUACCAUUUCUAUCCCUGUAAAAUAUGAAGUGGGACUGCAGUUUUACAGUUCUGCAAGUGAACACCAUAUUUCAAUUGCGGCCAAUGAGACAGUCCCUGAAGUUCUUAAUUCCACUGAAGACAUUGGAGAUGAAAUUAAUGUCUUCUACUUGAUUAGAAAAGGUGGAUAUUUUCCAAUGCCAGAGCUUAAGCUGUCAAUUUCAUUCCCCAACUUGACAUCAGAUGGUCAUAUUGUGCUGUAUCCGACAGGAUGGUCGUCUUCAGAUAAUGUUAGGUGCAGACCCCAUAGCCUGCAGGAUCCUCUUGGUAUCAACUCUGGAAAAACAAUUAACUUGAAAUCUGACGAUCUCAAACAAAGGACAAUUCGGGACUGUGCCGCGUGUAAAUUUGCCACCAUCACCUGUAAUAUCAUUCCUUCAGAUGUGAGCCAGGUGAAUGUGUCACUUCUCUUAUGGAGACCAACGUUCAUAAAAGCAUAUUUUUCCAGCUUAAAUCUCACCAUAAGGGGAGAACUUCAGAGUGAAAACACAUCACUGGUUUUAAGUAGCGGCAAUCAAAAAAGAGAGCUUGCUAUUCAGAUCUCCAAGGACGGCUUACCAGGCAGAGUGCCCCUGUGGGUUAUCCUCCUGAGUGCUUUUGCUGGAUUGCUGCUGCUAAUGCUGCUCAUAUUAGCACUGUGGAAGAUUGGCUUCUUCAAAAGGCCGCUAAAGAAGAAAAUGGAGAAAUAAAAUAUUACACAAAAGAAAAAUAGCAAUUAAUCAAUGAAGUAUCCUCAGGUUUGCCUCAAAUAUGUGACAAGAAAUUUGAAAUGAGG